UAGUGGAACUACAAGAUCGGCAAUUGGCAUGCUCUACAUGUCAUGAUUCUGACACUCAGAUUACCGCUAACGAAAAGAGUGAUAACCCCGAAUGCAUGAUAGGAUAGAAGCCAGUAUAGAACAGUUACCACUUGAGUUUAUAAACGCCACGUUAGUUCGAAAUAAUCCUAGCAUUAUUUAUUAGACAAGACAGUAUGACAUCGAGAGGUCAAGCAGAAACGGAGAAACUAAGGCAAAAUUUAGAAGGACAGUUGGACAGGUUGGUUCAGCAAUUAGCAGAUUUAGAAGAAUGCAGAGGUGAUCUUGACCAAAGUGAGUAUGAAGAAACCAAAAAUGAAACUAUGGAGCAACUGCGAGAAUUCAAUGACAGUCUCUCAAAGAUGAUAUCAGGUGAUAUGACAUUGGUUGACCAACUGGGUUCAAUGCAGUUGGCAACACAGGCAGCUAUCAGUGCAGCUUUCCAUACACCCGCAGUCAUCCGCAUGUUUGCCCGCCGGGAACCAGAUCUUUUACGGGAGCGGCUAGCAGAUGUGGAUAGGGAUGAGCGACUUGGAAAACUUUCGGCCCAAGCUAGUACAAGAGAGAAAACUGAGAUCCUGAGUGCUCUCAGACAGCUGGAGGAACGUCUGUCACCAGCAGAACUCAAGUUUCUGGACCAACAAUUUGCAUCUAGUCUUGAGGACACAGGAAAGCAGUUUGUCCGUGUCAGUGAUACAGUGGCAAAUAAUGUAAAGGAAGUCCCAUCAUGGAGGAUGAGCUGGGCAGGGCAUAUAACAUGUAUGAGGGUGAUGAGAAUGCUCACAAAAUGUUGAUUGGAAAGCCUGAAGAAGCUGGAGAAAAAGCAUUGGCAAUGGCUGGGUCUGAAAUCCGAGCAGUGAAUCAUAUUUAAAAGAAACAUCUAUGAAGGGAACUGCUCCCACCCUAUCAUUUGCCAGAUGGUUCUGAAGAAUCCCCACAUUACAGAACUUGGGUCCUGUAAAAUAAAAUAUAUUUGGAUGUUCUGUUAAUCCAUGUGUCAUGCAUACAGGAUCUGUGCCAAUAUUAUUUGAUGUGGUUUAAUAUAUGGGGAGCAUGUAACAAUUUUAAAGGGAUAGGUGUUUUUUUGUACAAAGAAUGUACUUUUCUAUGUAUUUAGAAACAAAGUUGGAUAUGUUGUAAAAACUAAAGCUAUUUUAUGUAGUAUCACAUUUUAUUACAUAUUAAAUUAAUUAGAUCUAUUA